AUGCUUGAUAACAUACAGGAAUAUCUCGGUGUCGUGAAGGCUAAGCUGACUGAAUUUUAUGAGAAGGUGUUUCAAAACUUUGUAAAGUCUCUUUUUGGAAAGCCUUCUUCGAUUCUCUUUCUUGGGAUAGACAAUGCGGGAAAAACCACGCUGGUGAAUAAGUUGAAGAGCGACUCCACAGAUGUCUACAUGCCUACACACCACCCCAGCACUUCUUAUAUAGAAAUAGGAAAUCUAAAGGCACAGGUUAUUGAUCUUGGGGGGCACACAGCGGCGAGGCUUGCCUGGAGGGAUUACUUCUACGACUGCCACGGGAUUGUGUUUAUAGUUGAUGUUCAUGAUGUCGAAAGAUUCCAGGAGGUAAGGGAAGCAUAUGAAACGGUGCUGUCACUGGAAAAGAGGGCGCCAGUUGUUGUACUUAUGAACAAGAUUGAUCUUGAGGGACACACGCCGGAAACGGCAGAGGCUGACUAUCAAUGGAAGUCGUGGCUCAGCCAGGAGACGGGGAUUGAAAACCAGGAGGAUCCGGAGCGGGGGCAGGUUGUAAAGAUUUUCUAUGUCACCAUAACAAGUGGAAGCGCUAAUAGCAUAACUGGCCCCCUUGCACGAGCUUUCAAGUGGUUGGAGGCCAUGAUUACCUAUAAUAAUAAGAAGGAGUCUCUAUGA